AUGGAAGCCGUAGCUAUCCUCCGCCUCACUUCAUGGGAUUUCGAGGUGUCUUACGAUUGCAAUGUGGAACUGCCCAUCAACCAUAGUUCGAUCCCCAACUGGCAGUUUCCCGAAGAGGAACGGUAUUGGUUUCACGGAUUUCUCAUUAUGCUGCAACCGGAUCUUGAGUCACCUCAACUGCUUCGCACAGUCAUCGCCGGAGCCAAAGCGUUCAUCGACAGUUCUAGUCGCAUACCUCACAAAGUUCAGUCUAUCCUUAUCUCACCGCGCCAUGUGGCUUUUGUCGAACUGUCCCAACACAACACUGCGUGCAGCGAGGUUCUCCCGCUCCUAACCGAUUCCUCGGCAACGCAAUGCUCCCCGGGCUUUCGGGUAUUAGCCCAGGUUCUGUCCUCUAAUUGCUGGAAAAUGACCUGGGCUAACAGAGAGAAGUGGCCUUUUUCUAUGCCAUCAGAGGUUUUAUUAGGGAUCCUCCAUAGCUCGGAGCCAAGAGAUGCGCUAUCAUUUGCACAAGCUUCCUUCGAAGCUGAACGAUGGUAUUAUGCUUCAGUGCCCCAGUUCAGGGAUGUUUCUGUGCAAAGCCUGGACCUGUCUAUACCCUGCUGCGGUGAUCGUACCGGACUAGAGGAUUCGGGCGUACACUGUAGUAGGUGUGGUACAUGGCAACAUCAAAUGUGUAUUGGGCUAGAAAUCUUACCAUCUAACGAUUCAUUCACCUGUGCCGCCUGUCUCGAGAAGGGCCCGAAAGCCACUCGCCUCAUAGCCGGUGGGAUUAACAGACUCGGUGGCCGGGCUGAAAGAAGAACGUGCGCUAUCAAAAUCGAUGGAUCCGCCAAAAGCCUUCGAGUGCGACUCUCCCAGCCUGCACACCUUCGACCAGAGCUGCGGCUUAUUGGGGAUCUAAUCCAUAAUAUCCCAAAUGGCCUGAUUGAUUUUACCAUUCGGUUCAAUGGGGUCUUUGCAGGAUUGGCAUAUGGCGUGGAUGAUAUGGCACCUUAA